AUGAGUUGACUAACCGGGACGAGUGUCGAGUUGUUAUUUGUGUGGUGAUUUGGCUUUGCUUCAGGACUGAAAAUUAUUUAACAUCUUUCUGAUAAUAAAAUCCAUAGAAGCAGAAGAGGAUUUAUAUGUGAUAUAAUCCACGUGCAGUGAAUUUUCAAGUGUUCAGUCCUUGUGAGUUCAGUAAUAGCAGACGGUUUCAGUGAUUCGAAAUCGGCGAUCAUUAAGCAACUUCUUGAUAGAUAAGAUUGCGGAGGAAUUUGAGGAAAAAUCGAUAUCUUUUUUUGAAAAACUGCAGUCCAGAGUAUUUGUUGGAGAUCGGCGGCUGCCGAUAUGGGGUUUAUCAUAGUUUUGCACGUGAUAUUCUUCGCAAUGUGCGGGGUCACUUCGACGGAACCACUUCUGUCGAGGAACACGUACAAAGGGCUCAAGGGUAUCGUACCAAGUGCAGAAAUAUCGACGACAGGACUCAGGCGAGCCGUUUACUAUCAUGAUCAGGCUGUGGCUGUCAUCGAUGUGAAUGGCAGGAAUGAAAUUCAAAAUUGCGAUAUCAUUGAGGUUUAUGAACCAGAGGAACAAAUGGAAGUACUGGCAAAUCUCUCUGACAUAGCGCGUCCCACUGAGGUAUCAUUCAGCGACAUGACGGGUUUGAUGUAUCGAUGUCAAACAGUAGAUCGCAUGAAGGAUGAUAUCUCCGGAGAUAAGAACCAAGCAAAGAGUUCUGUAGACCCUGUGAAUGUAUUCAGUGGCAAUCCCUUCUAUUUAUUGUUUGGAAUAGUACCAGGCACCAAAUGGUGUGGCACAGGAGAUAUAGCACAAGAUUAUCAAGAUUUGGGACCCAAUUCUGCGGUAGACAGAUGCUGCAGAACUCACGACCUGUGUCCUGUCAAAGUUCGUGCCCAUCGAACUCGAUACAAUAUCACUAAUUCCUCAGCGUACAGCAAAUCCCAUUGUGAUUGCGACCACGCUUUCUACAAUUGUCUCAAGAGCGUUGGCACCUCAACAGCGAACAUCAUGGGAAAAAUUUAUUUUAAUAUCGUCAAGGUGGGAUGCGUAGAGGACUUGCCAAAGAGCGUGAAUUUGAAGUUGUCUACCAACCAAAUGCGAAGGUUCGCGUCGGCAAAAUUGUCUUUCUAAUCGAAUAGAAAUAAAACAUAAA